AUGGCAAAGCACUGCAUGGCGUCUAUCUGGUCAUCUACUUCUUGCCAGGAUUUUUCCGCAGGGUCACCCCUAGGGCACGCGACAGCUUUCCUAAAAUCUGUGGAGGAAGGGAGAGAGGGGUGGUUGGAAGUGGACGCUGUAGGAAUUGCUGUGUCCAGGCAAGAGACGCUGCCAGCAUGCAGUCUGACAACCAGGACCAGUCUGACAACCAGGACCGGAGCAGUGCGACAACAGCUUGGACCCGACUCAAGCCAGGUACAGAGCCCCAUGCACAGCCAUCUGUGUCCUCCCACCUGGGGAUUGGGAAUGGCCUUCCCUGCCUCAUACUCGUUGAUCACCUGGGGCUUUUCAUUGAUCAUUUGA